AUAUAUUUGCAAUAUAGACACUACUCAUAUAUUACUCAUUGUGUGUUGACAUUAAAUCAGGAAACGCAAAUGUUCGCACAAGUUCCACCAUCCAACGCAGGCCAAGCUAACAGACCAGAGUUAUAUGAGGAAGUCAAGUUGUACAAAAAUGCAAGAGAAAGAGAAAAAUAUGACAACUUGGCAGAUUUGUAUGCUGUUAUCAACACAUUACAGUCGUUGGAAAAAGCCUAUAUAAAAGAUGCAAUACACCCAAAAGAGUACACGGGGGCUUGCUCCAAACUGCUUGUACAGUUCAAGGCUGCGUACAGACAGGUGGAUAAAGAAUUCAAAAAUGUGGAAGAGUUCAUGAAAAAAUACAGACUUGACUGCCCCCUGGCAUUGUCACGAAUACAGGAGGAUCGACCAAUCACAAUUAAAGAUGAUAAAGGGAACACCAGCAAGUGCAUAGCUGAUAUUGUUGCUUUGUUCAUUACUGUGCUGGACAGAUUGAAACUGGAAUUGAAAGCUAUGGAUGAGAUCCAUCCAGAUUUGAAAGAUCUGAUGGAUGCACUGUGCAGAUUGAGUAUUCUUCCUCCAGACUUCGAAGGGAAGCAGAAAGUGGGCAGUUGGCUGGAGAAGUUGAGUGCGAUGUCGGCCUCUGAAGAGCUGGACGAGGGUCAGGUGAGACAGAUGCUGUUUGAUAUCGAGUCUUCGUACAACGCUUUCAACAAGGUUUUGCACGACAACUCAUGAGAGAGAACAGUGUCAUUAACAGGUCAAAUCAGCAAGGCGACUUCUUCGGUUUUGGAGAGGGAUUGACAAAUUUGUGCCACUUAUAAACAGAUCAAAUGUGUUGAAUAUUCGGGCAUAUAUGUACAAGUGGAAAAGGUUUUUGGUUUUAUUUAGGUGAAAUAUUAUUUCUUACUUGAUGAAUGUUUGUGGAACAAAUCUUUAUUUUAUUGUCAGUAUAUGCAAGAACUGAAACUGUUAGAAGUUUCAGUAUCUACCAGCGAUUCUGGAAAUUAAGUUUAGAUUUGUUUUGGAUGUUUUCUUUUUCAAAGGUACUUUGUCAUUUUUUCCAGAUGGGCGAGUUUAUAUUAAAGUAAAGUUUGUUGCUACUUUAGGCUUCUUUUAUGUUUUAACUGAAUUUGAAGUGAUGCGGAUAUGCUAAUGUGAUAGAUAUAAUAAUUUAACUUUUUCAAAUGUUUCAUUGGAUAUUAAGUUUUUGUUUGUUUAACAAUAUGAACAGUAUUAAUUAAUUUACAUCAAUUCCUUAAUUGAUACCCUUGUUAAUUCCAUGGAUUGUGAUAAUUUUGGUUCAGUGAACUGUUUGAACAUUUUAGUGUAUAUUUAAGAUUGAUUGGAAAGUGGUACAUUCAAUAUAAACAAGGCAAUUUACCAGAUUUUAAAAGACAUGUGUUACUUAUUGCCAUAACUUUUUAUUUGUAACACAUUGCACAAAUAAAUGAGACAGAUUAAGUAGAUUCUACCACUUUAUAUUGAACUCUUUUUAACUUGCUUAAAGCCGGUGGUUUACAGUUAUCUACAUGUAUACACUGUUCAGAUGUUUGUCUCAGAUUUGGGACUUGUAAUAUUUUACUAUGUAACUUAUCAAGUAAAUAAAAUGUGAAAAUUUGAA